ACGCAUGCGCCUGACAAACUAAGUGAGACGCUGGUUAUAAUUAGACCUUUUAGAUGGGAGCUUCAAGCAAAGAGCCUUCUCGCUCGCACAAAGCUCGUCUCGUCGCUUUGCUGAUAUCUCUGGGGGCCACUUACGUCAUCGGAGAUAUGUACUCCGCCAACCUGACCAGCUUGAUGGCACGACCGGUGAAGGAGCAACCUAUCGGCACUUUAGAAGCGCUGGAAGAGGCUAUGAGGGAUAGGAACUAUGAGCUAAUCGUGGAAAAGCAUAGUUCAUCUAUAACUAUAUUGCAGAACGGGACGGGUGUAUACGGGCGUCUCGCUCGACUGAUGAAACGACAACGAAUACAGCGAGUGCGCAGUAUCGAGGCCGGGGUACGAAUGGUACUCUCACGAAGAAAAGUAGCAGUGCUCGGAGGAAGAGAGACAUUGUACUACGACACUGAAAGAUUUGGGUCACACAAUUUUCAUUUGAGUGAGAAACUAUAUACAAGAUACUCGGCGAUCGCUCUACAAGUUGGAUGUCCCUACUUAGAGACCUUCAAUAACGUAAUAAUGACUCUCUUUGAAGCUGGAAUUCUAACCAAAAUAACGACAGACGAAUAUCGAAACUUACCGGAGUCUUCUAGACAGUCUAAUAGGGUAACAGAAAGUGAGAAUAAGGAGAGCUAUGAUGCAAAUGAGAUUGGUGCUGGAGCUCAGAGUGCAAAAAAUAAUACUGGAGAUGCAAACUGA